GAUAAAUCAUAAAGUGUUAAAAAUGUAUAUUAGUUUCAAGACAAGGCUCUGAAAACUAAUAUAAUGGUACUUGACAAACUCCAAAGGUAUUGUGAAAAAUGAAAAUGGAAGCAUUGUUCUACUCCAUAAGUAUAUCAUUCUUUCUCUUUUUCCAAAUUACUUGUUAAUUAGUGACAGCGCUUCUAAGGUUUUUCCAGAGAGCGAAAAACGGAACAGUUUCCUCUUCACGCCUUAUAAAUGUUUCUCAUUAAUCUCGCUUUUCUUGCUCCAUCUGCAGAUUAGGCAACUUUUGAAAAUUCUAAUGGAAGCUGUUUUGAAAUGGGCAUACAUAUCUCUACACAUUUAGCGAUACAUUAAACCUAAAUAUAGACGGCGCACACCGGAAAGAACGCAACGAACAGACUCUUAGAUCUAAAAAAGCGCCCUCUCGAGUCAAUUUGGUGCGAAAAACGCCCUAUUCGAUUCAAUAUUUUGCAUUCGAUGAGCAUUCUGUAAAGUGUAUAAAAACUAUUUAAGUGCUGAUGUAUCAUCAAGUAUUCUUUUUGUGUUUCAUUGCUCUCUUUCCCAUCCGAAUCAAAACCGGUGACGAAAAACUGUUGGAAUACUGUGACAAUGAAAUAAUGCAUUUGAAGUGUCUUCAAGCGGAUGAAGUUAUUCUAAUUCAAGAAGGAUAUCUUGGUCGAAUACGCAUUGGGAAGUGCAUUGAAGAAGCAAUGGGAUAUUUUGGAUGUAAACGAAGUGUGUUACGCGAAUUACGCCAAAUAUGUAUGUCAAAAAGAGAAUGUCAGCUGAAAGUUAACGAAAUUCCUCGUUCAGACGAGUGUUUUUCAGAACUUCGUGUUCACUUAUAUGUUCGUUAUUCUUGUAAAAAAAUUAUUAUUAAAUCCUGUGAAGCACCCUUGUGCCCGAAUCGAGAGCUCAAGGAAAGAGAAUCUGCUUAUAUACUCCAUUCUAUAGCUUGUCCAUGUUCAUGGACACUAAACGUGCCAGAGGGUCGAGCGAUCUCACUUAGAAUAUUCGAUACAUCUGAAUCUUGUACUUCAAUGAGCAUCAGCGAAGAGAGCAUUGUCUUCGAUACUAAUGUCUGUCCAUUAUCCAACUGGAAACUCGUCUUCACUUCGUUAACCAACCGUCUCUCCUUCGCUCUAACGCGUAAAGGAUUCACAAGACCUAUCUUAAUUCAUUUCUCUUCCCGUAUGUUACAUUUAUUUCAUUAUAAUAUCGUUUAUUCAUCUUAAUAUAAUUUAAUUUUGUCUUGUAGUUGUAUUUUUUUUUCAUGUCAGUUACGAGAAGCUCGUGCAGUUUGGCGUCAAUAAGCCUACUCUCACUUCCGGCUACGAGUCAGGUAAGACGUUUGAAUGGCACAGACAGCACGAGGUUGAUAGUGGAAGGCUGCUCUAAGCACGGACAACCAACGAGUAUGACGUGCUUAAAAGGCGUCUGGAAACCGUCUACGGCAUUGUUGUUCUGUUUAGCCAGAGCAGUUGGAAAGAAUUACGGAAUGUCAAAUAAGGUCGUCUAUUUUGGUACUUUUGUAGCAGCUUCCAUUGGUGGAAUUUUUAUUGCUUUUAUUUUACCAAUAAUUUUACUGUUUCUCCUCCACCGGAGAAUGUCAGCUAGGAGUCCGGCUUCUACAACGAUAUAUGACAACACUAAAGCCACCUGGUGCAUUAAGCCAGUCGACUACAUUAUGGAAAAAAAUUACACAGAUUGCUAGUUUUGUAUAUGAGGGCACCUGAAUUAGCCGCAUGCAAUUCACCAUUCCAUGAAUCAUAUAAUUCAAGUUUAUUUCACAUUCGGUAAUUUGUUGCUUCACCACAAUCAUCAC